AUCCUUAGCAACGUAUCUUAUUGUUUCACCAUUGUUUUCAUAUCUACUGCUGUUUCACUUCCUCUUUCUUUUAUAUUUGAUGAAUGCAUUUUAUUUUUAUUCGGAUUAGAGACUGAAACCGAAAUUGCUGAUGAUGGACAAUCAAUUGAAAAGAGGAAACAUGAAUAUCUUCGAUUUGGAAAAAGGAAGCAUGAAUAUCUGAGAUUUGGCAAAAGGAAACACGAAUAUUUGCGAUUUGGGCGCAAAUGA